AGCGCAGACUGGAGAGCAUCCUCACAGGUAACAUAGAGAUAUGGCAGUGAAUGGAAUUAUGGUGUGUGCACUUGUGGCUGCACUGCUCGUGCAUGGCAUGGCAUCAGCCUCCCAGUCACCUACAGAUGGAGACACCAGAGAGAGUGGGAUCCUACAGCAGCUCCUGGCCACCAGGGGGAAAACAAGAAACAGCAAGGACUCAGUCGCUAGACCGGACCAGAAAUUCCAGACUCGCAUGACACGGAUGGAGAGGCUGGCACACCUGUCAGAGGAUGAGCGCGAGUUGCUGACAAAACAAAUUAUGCAAACAAUUUCAGAGAUAAUGAACUCUGAGUGCAUGUCAGAUCGGGACUACCAGGGUUGGGUGGACUUCGGCCGUCGCAGCACAGACUGAAGACCCGACAAUGGCAACAACUGUGAUGACACUGACGAGAUUCAUACUGUCAAAAAUGAAUGUCACCCUAAAACUCUAUAA